AAGCUCUAGUUAUUUUUGUGACCUUUUGCUAGUAAUUUUCGAAAGAUUUAUUGGGUGUUUUCUCCCUUCACUAUGGCCAAACGAACCCUCCGCUAUUACCUCCACAAAGGUGGCUCGUGGGCGGGCCAAGAAAUUAUUACGGAAGCUCUCGUCGUUCUGUGGUUCGCCAUCCAAAUCUCCAUGAAAUUUGGAAUGCGCUCUUUUCCGCAGUGGCAAAGUAAUCGAGUGGAUCCCAACGCUCCAAUGGGACUGGACAGAGCGAUGGAGUUUUUUGGCAGUGAUAUGAGCGGCUGCCCAUGGGACAGAGUGAUGUCGGCAUGGAAAUACCCUUCCGCUUCAACUAUAACAUCAGCAAACGCCACCUCCAGCACGGCUAUCCCAAUCCGAGCCGUUGUGGGCUACAUCGGCACGUUGGCCACCGUCGGCGCCAGCGGCAUUCUGGCGGCGAUUGUGUGCUGUUCGCUGUACGUCAACGCGUGCUGGGAACGUCCGGUCUGGCAGAUUCACUUUCGUCACUGUCAACAGCUCACCGCAGUGUUCUGUUACACCGGAUACGACAUACCAUCGUGCAUUGGGACGGUGUUGCGCUAUGUUCUGUUGCUUUUUGGAUUAAGCUGCACUGCAGCGUUGUGGUUGCUGGUUUGUGCAUUACCGGCCGUCCUCCUAGCGGCAGCCGUGCUAGCGAUCGUGGCCAACGCUGUGGGAACAGACGCUGUGUUUCCCUUUUGUGUCUUUGCAAUAUGUUUGUUGACAGUUAAUUGUAUCGGGAGAUUGUGCGGACUGUGGAUGGAUAAACCGUACUGGGCUAUAAUUUAUAAGAAGCUGCGGUUGUGGAUUGACACGAACACGCAGACUCAUCGAGCACUAUUCGUAAAUUCUCCCAUGGAAUGUGUCUCUAUUGCGGAGCCGGAAGUCGUGCCACCGAAGCGCUUUUGCUACCUGUUCUGCGGGAAAUGUGCGAUGUUUACGCUCGGCUGCAUGGUCGCCGUAGUUAACCUAUACACGGUGCUUUUGGCGUUUCCUUGGUUUAAAACGCUCCCGCUGAAAUCGAUCUUCUGGACUGCGGGAAUCGGGCCUAACCACUGCGGCAGCCAUACAACGGGAUUGAAUUACAUCGAUGCGAUGAUGACACCCUGGAAGGAGAAUUUUGUGGAAGUCAUCCUGGGGAUCGAAUGCCUUGCCGUUUAUUUCGUGGGUGUCCUGGUAGUGGUGAUUUUUACUGUUGGUCGCUAUGGUUGGCGUUUUCUCGGCUACCUGAAGGAGUGCUUCUUCAAUGACAACACUGUGGAGCACAGUACUGAACGGGUGCAUUCCUGCGCAUGUUACCAACUGGGAAACGCAGUACUGGACAGUCUGGUUAUCCUUCGCUGUGUUGGCUGCUGGAUGUUUUUGUCGUUUCCGUUGACCGAAUUCCUUUUUCCCGAGAGUCUGCAAUUGCAGAUAUUGGCGAACGUCCAGCUGGUAUAUUUAUUUAUGCAGUUCUGCUGGUUAUUUGACGACAUCGGGGAGAAACAGCAGAUGACGGAAUUAACCCUUGACGCCGUUACGACAAAGUCUGCUGCAGUGAGCGAUAGUUUGGGCAAAGAGACGACCGGCGUCAAAAACAGCGAAUGCGCGACGUGUUCCCAGUGCGGGUUCACCAUGAACCCGUGCCGGGACGUGGAUAGUAAGGCAAAAACUGCUGAGAAUACCGCUGAUACAAGGGAUUCUGUGGAGGAGCCAGCUCUCUUCCAGGGCUCGCGCUUCCUCAUCAUUAAUCAGGCCAUCGCGGAGAUACAGCUGAUUGGUUUCCAUCUGCCGACUAUCACUGUCGCCCUCUACAUGGAUGAAUCUGGCAGCAACUCUGCGCUCUCCAGCAAAGCCUUUUGUUUGCAUCAGACAUUUCUGCAUCUGGGGACGGUGGUGGUGUCCAUGUGGGGUCUAUUCGGAUGGGCCUUGAACCGUUUCUUGGCCGUCAAGACCACCUCGUUGCUGCAGUACCGGCGCUGGACAUCCAAGCAGUUCCAACUCACCCAGAUCGUUGUAAGUUGGUUGAUUGCGAUUUUAUGCCAUAUCUACAUGUACAUCCAACCUGAUCUGGUUAUCCCACUGGAGCUCCCGCCACCGCGGCAGUGCCGUGCAAUGCCCAGUGUACACUUCACGCUGAAACAGAUUUUUGGGACGUAUGUCCCUCUGGCGCUUACUGGAGUACUGUAUGUGAUAAUCGCCUUCAUGCUGCUAAAACAGCGGUUAAAGAAACAUCAGGUGACGGAUGCUGCUAUAGUUGUACAAGGGAGAAAUUUCCGGCGAGACCGAUUCCGGUUGGCCCAAAUUCUAUUCAUCAACGCCACGUUGCACACCGCGGCGUUCCUUAUCUUCCCGGUGCUGAAGACCAUCCGUGGUGUGAGCGCCAGUGCGGAUCCUUUGCUGCCGCUCUGGUUCCGCUUGGUGUUUCAUGCCGGUAUGCUGGCGACGCCGGUGGUGGCCAACCGCUGUCGCUGGGAACUUGGUGAUGACCGCCUCCCAACAGAAGUCGAUGUCCUGGCCAAAACGUGUGUCGUUACUGCGGCGGCCGUGGAGCGCAUCGUCUGGUGCAACAGCCGCGUUGGCGGUAUCGGCGACGAGCAUAACGCGUGCGUGGUGGCCCAUGACGUCACCGCUUUCCGCGACACAUGGUGGAAUAUGCAAACGGAUUUGUAUGCACUGCUGGAGCGGCAUUUGUUGUGGAUGGAACGCCGGAUUCCACUGGAUGUCGGCGGAAAGGAACG